ACUAACAAAAAGUUCCCUGUUUAGAAUUUUUUACCAGAUUUAAACCAAUUAUGAAAAUUCUACAGCAGGUACCAAGAAUAGAACAAAGGACCGUCAGAUCGUUGGUGGGAUACGUCGUCAGCUGGAGAAUUUUGUGACUGUACUAUUCCAUUACAUUUCAAACAAUCCAGUUGGUCAUGUUCUAAGGACAGUUUAGCUUUAGAUGCACCAAACGGUAUUACAGGGCGUACAAUUGCAAUCUUAUAAUGCUCUAAUCCUUUUUUACUGGCAAUUCAUACUUCGGGAAUGAGAAUCCUUCAAUACACGCCUUCUUCAGGCAGGAAAGCAUUUGUAGCAAAUCAACAUUCAACUGAAUUACUCAUGGGUCGCAGUUUACGGUACUACACGUUCUGUGCUCAAAUUCUCUUUGGUGCUUCGUUUAUGUUUAAUAUCUUGAGUACAGACCGUAAGGUCCCUACCAAAGGAUCCUUAUAGGACAGGAUAGCAUUACGAAACGAUAAAACUCCAUGGGUAGUAUAAGUGAAAACGACACAGAUACCCGCCCUUCCAAAAACUAAAAUUUAGGCUCACGUCACACUUAGGAGGGGCGCUUUCCGCAUCGCACGGCGAAGGGAGCAGAGCGGCGUAGGACGGUGUCGCCUUGGCUGUUUUCAAGCGGAAUAAUUGACCGAAACUCUCAAGGUUGCUGUUGCCCCCCCCAGGCGAUUAGGAUGGGGUAAAGUUCUGGUGGAACGGAACUGGGAGGUCUGCUAGUACAGCAUUGCUGGCCGGUGUCGUAUUUACAGCCAGUAGGUCGUGAGAGGAGACACCAUGCAGUGCUGCACGCUGAGGCUCCUGGGUCUGAUGCUGAUGUUAAACGUGUUCAUCUUCGUCAUGGUCAGCGUGUCGCGGAACAGCGGCCAGGACAAGAAAAGUCCGGCCAAGCUGCUCGUGCCCAACGAGAAGUUCUGGGGGCCAGCUGUGCCCAGCGGGGCCUACUGGAACCAGGAGCAACGGAAGCUGGAUGACUCCCACAACCCCAUCCUGCUGGUGGAUAAUUCUUCCGGCAACACUCUGCACGACUCAGUCAACAACACCACCUCCUUAGCACCAUGUGCCCCAGACCUAAGCGUAGCUACGAAGAUAAAAGACUACAACUCCCUACCGCAACGCUUCAAGGACUUCUUGAUGUACAUGAAAUGUAGGUUGUACCCCAUGGUAGUGGAUCAGCCACAUAUAUGCAAAGAUAAGCCUUUCUUGUUGCUGGCAAUUAAGUCUCUGGCACCCCACUUCGACCGGCGACAGGCAAUCAGGGAAUCCUGGGGGCGAGCAGGCCAAAUGGUCAACUGUACAGUUGCCACAGUGUUUCUCCUGGGUAAUGCCACUGAGGUGGACUACUUCCCUCAACUCUCAGACAUCCUGAUGUAUGAGAGUUCUCAGCACAAGGACCUCCUGAUUUGGGACUACAGGGACUCCUUCUUCAACCUGACCGUCAAGGAGGUGCUCUUUCUGGACUGGUUCGGACGGCGUUGCCCUGAGGCGAGAUUCGUCUUCAAGGGGGACGACGACGUCUUCGUCAACACCCCUCGCGUCCUUAACUUCCUCAACACCUUGACCCCGGCCCGCGCCAAAGACCUAUUUGUCGGCGACGUGAUUUUGAACGCUGGCCCACACCGAGACAAGAAGGUCAAGUACUACAUCCCCGAGAGCAUGUUUGUGGGGCCGUAUCCACCGUACGCUGGGGGCGGGGGAUUCCUCUACUCAGGGGACGUGGCGCUACGCCUGCGCAACAUUUCCGGCUUGGUGUCCCUUUACCCCAUCGAUGAUGUUUACACCGGCAUGUGCCUCCGCAAGCUGGGCCUGUCUCCUAUGAAACACCAGGGCUUUAAGACCUUCGACAUUCAGGAGAAGUACCGAUCCAACCCCUGUGCCUACCAAAGCCUAAUGCUGGUGCAUAGCAGGACUCCACAGCAGAUGAUCCAGAUCUGGAAAUGGCUUAGGGACCCAAAGCUGACCUGUCAGUGAAUAUCAGCAUAUCACCAUGUUGCCUGCUUUUGUUUAGCCUGUGAGUGUUUGGCAGAUAUUGGCAGCUUUUAUUAUGAUGAUCAUCAUCACAAUGGUAGUUCUCGUACUAAAAUUUUAAUUAUGGAUAUAACGAUAAUUAGCACUUAAAAUUAUUAUUUAUUAGGACAGCUGUGGUCCUUUCCAUUGUAAGCUGCGCUAAAAGUGACCUUAAUUUUUUUGUCUAGAGUUUAAUCCUACUGUAUGAUCCGCGUGAACACUUCAGAACAGGCCUUUUGAAGUGUUAUUACUUGACAUUUAAAGAACUUAUGAGAGAACAGAGACGUAUACGUAUGCGGGUCAUGUAUUGACCUGGGAUUUCCAUACAGAAUGGGUUAGAUUUGGAAUAUGUAACCUUCCCCACUGGUGCCUUGUCUGGCACAGGUCAGUCCAUGGAUUCUGAAUCAUCGAUUUCACCCCAGGAACAGGAACUAACCCCCAUUUCACUUGCUGCAAGUUUCAGUGAAUAAUUUCCUCCAGUCCUGUUCUGAAAAAAUGCCUCAGGGUAAUUCUCUUGUUUUUUUCUAUCCGACCAUUAAAAUAGUUCACAUCUGAUGCACAUCUAAGGCGUUUUAUAAUGUUUUUAUUCAGCGCCUGUUUUAAUGCAACGCCGGCUUUCACCCGAACCCCUCUUGAGCUGACGAGAUGCUUUAACAGAACAUCAGUAUUAACCACCCGUCUCCACAUUGCCAAGUUACACUGUGGAUGGAGAUGCCAUUUAAAUCCAUUUGGAACGAGAAUGAAUUAAGGACUCAUUAGGCCGUGGCGCCUACAUAGAUGCAGGGCUGCCGUUUCAGAAAAUUUCCUGGCUUCCAAUUUAAAAAGUCGUGUGUUUGAGGUAAUUGGCCUAUGAAUGUAUCUCUGUAUACUACAUACAUUUUCUGUUUCAGAUUCCAUAAAAGGAAAUGCUGUUUUAGUAUGCUGUGCCGUUUUAGAAAAAUAUCAAUGUAUAUUGUGUGCGCACGUAUGAUGAUUGUAUGCAUGGUGCCUCAGCAGUUUUCAUUGCACUGUGGUGACUACUCCUGCUGUUUGCUCAAACGUUGAAAGCUUAUUGGAUCUGCACUUGGGGGGAGGUUGGGAUUGGCCAAAACCUGCUGGACAGGUCCAAAGUCACUUUAGUAAUGGACAUAGUAACAUUGUAGCAUCUGCUGGAGGGAAAAAAACUGAUGUUGUGAUUUUGUGUUAGUCACUACAUUUUCUUUUGCACAGAGUAAAAUUAAUUCUGUUCUGUAAGAAGUUCUGUCUGGCUAACCGUCCAUCUGUGAUGUACUUUGUUGUUGUUGGACCAAUGAGUUAUGAAUAAGAGAUUCCCAAAGACCUUAAUUAUAAUCACGUUGCUGUUUUUUUUUUUUUUUUUUUUGUUAUUUAUCUUUUCUUUUUUGGAUUUUGUUUUCACACGAAAAGGAGUUUGGGCUCCUUUCCCACCUGCUCUUUGUCAUGAAUGUUCAUUGUACUUGGGCUUCUCAGCUUUCUACCCAGAGUUGUUCUUGUGGUGAACACAUUAGCGCCUGCACUUUUAGGAUUCCUCCACCAUUUCCACUCUGAAUUAUGAAAACAUUCCUUUACAAAGUGCCUGCCGUUUGUGUGACUGUUUACGCUUGGUUUUAAAAUGUGCUUUGGCCGAUCGGAUCACAGAUCGACACAUCGAUGUUUACAUGUGGGGCUGUCAUACCUCUCCAAGGUGUCCAGUGUACGACGUGUUUUCAGACUCCAUUCCUGUCUAUCUCACUUCAGCAGACUUCCAAUUUCGUCGUGCACACUCAUCGUGACAUCUUUGCUGGGGACGCAUCAGGACGCUAUAAGGUUUACACUACAAAAAAUGUAGUCACAUGUGCCCCAGACCACCUUGGCGAAUGAUUUGAGUAAUUGGAUCACGAUGUGUCUUGGUGCUCAUUUACUCGUGUAUUUAGCACUGCCUACUUAUGAUCCGAUCGCCCAAGACGCAUAUUUAAAUAAAGUGUAAACAGGGCGCGUGUCUCCAUUACUGCCCCAGUAUUGGCAUUUUUUUGUACGUAUUUAAGAUGUGUGUGUUGCGUUUCGUUUUUAUAUUUUGGAUUAAUAAAAGUGUUUUACCAUA